AUGCUGGGCCCGCCCGUCCAGAGCGUCUCCAUCAUCUCACCCCCCGUGAUGCUCAUCAGCCGCUACGGUUCAUUUUGGAACUUUUACAGGCCCUAUAGGCAUCGCGGCCUCAUCAGGUCAGCAGAUUCCUACUUGUCAAAGUCAGAGCUGACACUCCUUCAGCUUCCCAAGCAUAGCAGCCACUGCCGCCAGUGCCUGGCGGAUGGAGACUGUGCCUCCCUGGGACUUACCUCCUGCUCCCUCACCCGGUCUGAGGAGGUGUCACCUGCAGCUGGCAUGGCCGAAUAUGACCGAGUCCUGGCCUCCCGAGCAAGGGAUGCAGUGUUUGACCAGGAGGAAAGGCCCGCGCCGUCUCAGCCCCCAGGGGUGCAGCUGCAGCAUCGGCUCCUGCCUGCCCCCGCCCCCCUGCACCCCCGGAGUAAGGGUGGGGUCUUUAGCCUGAGCCGGCAGCCUGAGUCUAUAAUGCAGCACCAGUUGUUGCCAGCCCAGCUAGCUCAUCGGAUGAAGACUCCAUGA